AUUUUAUGACAGUCGUAGCUUGGCGUUCGCAUCGAAUAGCAGCAAUCAAUUUUUAACAUUUCAAGUGUUCAAGCGGGAUUUUCAUUUCAAGUUUUUCAUUUGGAUCACUUGCCUGGCAUAAAAAAUGAAGACGACAAAUUUAAUCCAAUUGAGCGUUGUGGUUUUGUGUUUGGUGCAUGGCUCACGCAGUGAGGAUACACUCUUAGAUGCAUUCAACGACAUUUAUUCAACCUGUUUGGUGAACUUGAACACGGACUGCAUCCAGCCAAAGGCAUUGGAAUGGUUGAGCAAAGUGAUUGAAAAACGGGAAAUUCACAUCACCAACGAUUUGAGCAUCGUGAAAAAUGAUUCAGCUACAAUUAUUGCUGAAGAUCAAGACGAACCAGAAAGUGCUCGCGACAGUCGCGUCGAUUUGUUGAGCAAAGUUGAUGGAUUCUUGGCCACUCACUAUAUGCACAUUCGUUAUCCAAAAGCCAUCAUCAGCCAACAUGUUCCAUCGUUCAUGAUGUCCACAUUGAACCGUUUCAUCCCAGACUCCGUGCACAUGCCAUUGGAAGAAGGAAACCCAAAUGAAGGCCGUGGACUCGUCAAGAAAGUAUUGAUUCCAUUUUUGCUCGGUUUGAAAUUCAAAACAACCGUUUUGCUUCCAUUGGCCUUCGCUCUUAUUGCAUUGAAAGCCUGGAAAGCACUCACACUUGGACUCAUCUCCUUGGUUGUUUCAACCGCUGUUGUUGUCUUCAAAUUGGCUAAGCCAAAGGUAAUCAACUACGAGGUUGUACACUACCCACACCAUCAUCACCUCAAUGCUCACUACGACCAUUUGGAACACCAUUUGGAACACCAUUUGGAGCCACAUCAUCACUUGGAACACUUGGACGUUCAUCAAGUUCCACACGCUCACAUUGACACACAUUUUGACCAUUUGGCCCCACAUGGCCAUAUCGACACACACUUUGAUCAUUUGGCCCCACAUGCCCACAUCGACACACACUUGGCUGCACACGAUAUCGCCUAUCCAGCCCAUUUGUAAGCAAACACACAUAGCGAUUAAAUCAGCCAACUAAUGAACACAAGAGUUCCAAAUGCUGAUACACGAACAAAUAUAUUUAUUUAAUUUAUUUGUAUGAAUGUGGAAAAAUCUAUUUAUUAAAGAAUCAAACUAAUUUAUUUCAAGUCAUAAAUCGGCGGUGUUUUAAUC